AUGCACCUUGGACCUAAUGAGGAAAUAUUAGAAGGUGCAAUAAAAGACGACGAAAUCUUUUUGAAUCCACCACCAGACACCGAUGAGCUCCUCGAUCAUCCAGUUAUAUAUCCCAUUAAUGGCGACUCUAUCAAACCUAGAAAUUAUAAAUUACUCAUAGCAAUAACCUCUCAAAUCAGAGAGAUCCGAACGAGAAAAUUAUUAAGAGAAUAUAUGUUUGGCAUUAAAAAUAAUUUAAGACCGUGUAUGGAAAAUAAUGGUGAUAUAUACUACAAAUUUUUAUUGAAACCUUAUCAACAAACUGAUAAAAGGAUAUUAAGAGAUUUUACAGCGGAAUAUGUGGAAUUUGAUGAUAUUGAAGAGUUCCCAAAUCAAUCAAAAUUGAAUUGGCAUAAAACUGUUCUUACAUGGAUUCAAUCACUCGAGAAACAAGAAAUCACUUACGACUAUAUAGUAAUUAUGGAAGAUCAUUCUGUGAUCAACCUUCAAAAACUUCUGACUAUACUGGAUUCUUCUGUAGUCAACACUCAAACCUUGACACCUAGACAAAAAUCUAAUCUAAUAUGGGGUCGUUUCGAUGCCAAAGAGAAAGAUGAAAUGUUUAUAAUCCUUGGUCCGGAGUCUGUAGCCACUUUACUCGAUCUUGACUAUCUCUUAAAAAGCACUAACAACAAUGGGUUAAAAAAACGAAAACUUAUUAACAAAUCUGAAAAGACAGAAAAACAAAAUUUUAAUAUUAUAACUCAGGCGUAUCACUACUUUGUUGAAUCAAAUCAUGUAGAUGAAAGUGAUUUAUUUUUCAUAAAUGAUAAUAUUGGACUGAUAGAAUGGUCGAACGCUGUUGAAAAUAUUCCAAUAGAAACAACGAUAGGGGUAGGGCACGUGUAUCUAGAAAGUGAAUUAAGAGAUGUAUUCGCACAUUUAUCAAUUCCCAAAAUUACAGCCUGUUACCCAGUUUCACGUAAAGAUGGUAAAUUAUCCAUAGCGGUUGUAUCAAGUAGUUUCGUAUAUGACAACAUGUGUAUGUUUCCUGUAGCAAACAUUCUAGCAGAAAAUAAACGCGAUUACGCUAAAAAACACGGAUAUUCAUUUGUGGGCCGCUCUGAAGAAUUUGAUCAACAAUCACAUUAUAAGAACCGACGUACCGUCUGGGGGAAGAUUGAUUCAGUUGAAAAAAUUUUACCACACUAUGAUUGGGUGUUUUGGUUGGAUAUGGACACUGUUAUUGCAAAUCAGUCUGUUUCUGUUGAAUGGUUAUUCGAAAAAUUUACUGAAAUGGUUGGAGGUGCUGAUAAUUUUAAAAAGAUUAAUUUGGUGGUCGCCAGACCUCAACAAGACGUUACUAUAAAUGCAGGUGUUUUCAUGAUUAGGAAUUCAGAAUGGAGUCGAAGAUUUUUAAGGACAAUACAGGAACGAAGAGAUCUUUAUCAUAUGCAUCAGAUGGAACAACGUGCAAUGUGGGAUCUCAUGAAUACUCCAGAUUAUAAAGAUGAGACACUUUUCCUUGAUAGAGAUGAUCAUACUUUCAAUACGUUCCCACACAUGUACGUUCCAGGUGAUUUUGUAGUUCACUGGGCACCAGAUGAUUGUCCCGUAAAACCCAUAUUAGAUGCUCUUGGAAAGUUUAAGCAAUACGAAAUGGAUAGAAACUUCAAAUUCACUCUUAACCAUCCCCCUGAUCAUUGA